AUGAAAGGUCAAGAUUCAUCACCUUUUGACCAUGAAUUCUACAACUCCCUCGCCCAAUUACAACCAUCAUCUCAAUUUAAAUGGUAUCAAACCGCAAUUGUCGCUCUGGGAGCACUGAACUACCCGGAAGAAAUUCCUAAGCUAUACAGCCUCUUGUUAGAUAGGUAUAUUCCGAAAGGAAGUCGGUUAAAUGAGACGCGGAAGAUCAGGGAAGGGCUGACCAAACUAUGCGGGAUCAUGGGAGCUGCCAAAGCAGGGUCAAGUCUUCGUCAACUAGCGACUGCUAUUCCCCCGGAACUCAUAGAAUUAACACAUUACCGACAUCAUGGUGACGAAAUUCAAAGAGCUUCCGACACGCAAGAGAUGGCCAUUGAGCGAGGCCGAAACAUGCACUCCUUGAUUUACGACAACAUCCCGGAGUAUGACGAGCGCAAGACCUUGCAUGCAAGUCCUGAUUACUAUUACAUAGUGACCGGCAAGUUCGUCAAUUAA